AGUACAAGCAAAUGGAGUACGGACGGUUGCUGGAUGGUUAGAUACAAUAAUUCCCACACCAGAUGCAAGUGUUCACAUUUAACAAACUUUGCUGUGUUGAUGCAGGUCAAAAUGUUUCAGACAGAGAAAGUGCACGUUGUUUCCUUGGAAAUUCUAACAAAGAUUGGCUGUUGUAUAUCAAUUGCCGCGUUAACCACCACCAUUGCCGUCUUACUAUGGUUACGACUACGUUCUGACCGAUAUUACCUUUUGCUGCACCUUUCUGUUGCUGUCAUUAUUGCGCAAGUUGUAUUUCUGUUAGGGAUCGAUGCUGUACAGUUUAAGAUAGCUUGUCGUUUUGUUGCCAUCCUGCUUCAUUACUUGUACCUGAGUGUUUUACGUUUUGAUGCUUGCGAGGGGAAUAAAACUUUUCCAAAAAACAAACCCCAAAGCUUUUUGAGGGCAGACAUAAAAAAUUAA